GUUCUGGCUCGCCAAUAUUGUCGCCUUCAUAGUCUGCGUGGUGUCAAAUAUUGAUGCUCAGAAGCGGUACAGAGAACACACUUUGCAACUAUGGAAAGGCGAUCGGUCAUUCCAGGCAGGAAUUGUUCUCAGCAAUGAGGCCAUUAUGAUGCAAAGUACACGCUAUAUUGGUUUUCGCCUCGCGUUUGCCAUAAUCGGUUACGAAAUUCUACUGCUCGUCAUCUGGCCCUGUUUUGUACUAUUCAAGCUAUUUUUCGUCUCCGCUCUUGAGAAAUAUUGGCUAUUAACCGUUGUGGUGCUCUUGGUUUGGCGUUUUGUGCAAACCGUAACGACUCGUUUAGUGUUCCUCCAGAGGGUAGAUGAUGAGGACCGGUCUCUAAAUAUAUUCCGGACAAGAAAGACUUACCUUGGUAUCGAUAACAGACGUGUUUUCAACGUUGUCUUCUACUUCACGCUGUUUGUUAAUUUUAUCAUGGGCGCAGUGCGUGUUGUAUUUCGUGUGAUGAUCAGUGUUGUCAUCGGACUCUUUCUUAUUGGUCGAGUUGACCGAUGCGCUAUGCAGCGUGACUGGGAAUCACUUGAUGGUGCGUUCACGGCUUACAUCAGUUUCCUGCAACUUGAGGUUUCUCAUACACAUCCCGUUGUCAUCACAUUCUGCCACUUGCUGAACGAGUUGAUCGCUCAGCGAAAACGUGACCCAACCCCUGAACCAGUGUCAGCUGAAAAUAUAUAUGCCGUUGUCAAUGAAGGUAUUUCGCAGACUAGCUCAGAGGGCCCCUCCUCUUGCCGUCCGGCCGUACCGACCGUCGAUCGCGUGAUGUCCUCCCGGGUCCGCAACCGAUGGUUCCUGGCGCUGACUUUGAAUCGCAACCCAACGCUGAUUCCACUGCGUAAGAAACCCAAAGACGAAAUCUCAUCAAUUUUGGUGUUAAAUGUUGGUUAAAUACCAACCCCCUCAAAAAACAAAUGUCACUACACUCCUAAAUUCCCCACAGUUGUAAUCUUUACCUAACAUUGGAUUUGGGGGAAAACAGCGUGUAAAUUUCAGUCUCAAAAAUCAGUUUGUACACACUUGAUACAUCAUAGCAUGGAGCUAUACAAAGGAGCUCCAUGAUCAUAGUAAGUUUGCGGUUCUCCACAAGACAAUCAGAGAGCACACUGAUCGAAAAUGUCGAGUUGAAAGCAACGGUUUCGAUAUCACCCCAACUCAUUUUUUAUUUUUUUAUUUCUUUAUAUAUAGAUAAAUAACAUUACAAUGGUGUUACCGCGAACCUUACAUAUCUCCACCGUGCAAAACAAUUUCCUACACUCGAUACAAUUAUGAGACUGUGGGUGGAACGCUCUUUUGUAUGUAGUUUUUACACUGUGCUUAUCCUAUACCAAGAACGUGUUAUCAAGGACUUUUGUCACACCCCUCUACAAUGCAAGCAUAUAGCGGGGCUUUUAGGAUGCAAAACAUGACGGAGUGAUCUUGAAUUAUUUUGGGCCGACCGCUGUAGAAAGCAUUAGGUGAUUAUAAUAUAUAAAAAAACGUAUAAAAAAUGGUGCGUAUUUUGAUUCAAGGGAAGAUACAUAUUUACAUUAUAUUUGCACACAUUUAUUUCUUUGCUGCCCUACAUGUACAAUUACACAUUUUACAAAGUUUGAUAAUUAUAUUCA